AUGCAGACAGCUCGCAUAUCAGAGUGGAGGAAGCUGCCCCUUAGCUUGACAGAGCUCUGCAUCGAGACCACCUUGCGCUGUGGCCAGUCUUUUCGAUGGCGUAAGAUCGAGGAUGAGUGGAAUUGUGUGCUGCGCGGUCGGUUGCUGUCACUGAAGCAGGACAAGGACCAUCUGCAUUACAGAGUAACCUGGCCCGAGACGAGUCUAAUACCACCAAAGCUGCCGGUGUCGAUCAAAGAAGAUCCCGGAAUCCAGGAGUAUGAUGACACCGAAGCCCUCCUCAAACACUACUUCAGUCUGAAACAUGAUCUUUCAGCCUUGUACAAUCAAUGGUCUGAAGCUGAUGCAAAUUUUCGGAAGAAGGCACCCAAGUUCACCGGCAUCCGCAUUCUUGGGCAAGAUGCGUGGGAAACUUUAAUAGGUUUCAUUUGCAGCAGCAACAACAACAUCUCGCGUAUUACGCAGAUGGUCCAUAAGCUCUGCAAGUUUUACGGACCACGCAUCGGACAAAUUGGGGAUGAAGAGUUUCACGGCUUCCCAUCACCACAGGCUUUGACAGGAAAGAAGGUGGAAUCUCACCUGAGAGAGCUGGGAUUCGGAUAUAGAGCCAAGUACAUCGCCGACACAGCCCGCAUAGUGAGCGAGGAGAAGCCAGAGGGUUGGCUUGAAAGCUUGACGAACCCAGAGAACCCAGCAUGGCCACCCACACCGGGCAGCGCCGAUGCCGAGCCAGUCACUUAUAAACACGCUCAUGAUCAGCUUCUUUCACUCUCCGGUGUUGGUCCAAAAGUCGCAGAUUGUGUCUGCCUCAUGGGUCUUGGAUGGGGCGAGGCAGUGCCAGUCGACACGCAUGUGUGGCAGAUCGCGCAACGGGACUACAAAUUCGGCAAAACGAAGACCAAGACCUUCUCGAAGCUGAUGUAUGAUUCUGUCGGGGAUCACUUCCGGAAGAUCUGGGGCACGCACGCCGGUUGGGCCCAGUCGGUGCUCUUCACAGCCAACCUCAAGUCAUUCUCGGAACAGGCAUCCAGCGAGCCUGGAGUCGUUGACAUCAAAGUCGAGGUCAAGGAGGAAGUCGUUAGCGAACCGACGACUAAAAGCCGGAAACGCCGUACUGCGGUGACUGAGAAGGUCAAGGUUGAGGGAGAUCUACCCGCGGAGGAGGGUGUGCCUAGGAAGAGAAGAAGAACACGGGGCUAG